CUAAUUAAUUUAGUAAAUUGCUUCUAUCCAUGAUUUAACAUUUGUUUCACAAUGUAAUAAAAAAAUGAAAUAUAUAUUAACCACUUAAUAAUACAAAGAUCCACUGACUAUUGUUACUAAAAUAUAUAUUCGUCUAAUAAUUCCUCAAAAUCAUUUAGCAAUGACAGCUUUAAUUAACUGUACAACCCCUUAAAACCCUAAUAUAUAUACAUACACCUUCUCUUCAUUUAUCUUCACCACUCUCUUUUAGGAACACUCUUAUCUUCAAACUUCUUACUUAAAAUAGAAAUAUACAUAUUUCGAGAGAUGGCUUCGAAAACCUCAGCAUCCCUUGUCAUUUUCCUCACAUUCAGCAUCCUCUUCUUCACCUUGACCACCGCAUGUGGCGGUGGCUGCAGUCCAACCCCUAAACCCAAGCCUAAGCCCCAGUCCACCGGAAGCUGCCCAAGAGACACUCUCAAGCUUGGCGUUUGCGCCAAUGUCCUCAAGGAUCUUCUCAAAAUCCAGUUGGGCACACCACCAGUCAAGCCUUGUUGCUCCCUCCUCAAGGGUCUGGUUGAUCUUGAGGCUGCGGCUUGUCUCUGCACCGCCCUAAAGGCAAAUGUUUUAGGCACUAAGCUUAAUGUUCCUGUCUCUCUCAGCCUUCUUCUCAAUGUUUGUGGCAGGAAGGUUCCUUCUAAAUUCGUAUGUGCUUGAUCUAUCUACCCACCCUUCGAUUGGUUAUAAUGGUUAAUCGAUCUUUUGAUGUUUAUCUUUUUUUAAUAUUCUUUUAAUCUAUUUUCUGUUGUUUAUCGAAUAAGUGUUUCUUGUACUCCUGGUACUGUAUCCAUUUUAAAUCAAUUUCCUCAUUCAGAUUUUUAAAGUAAUAAUCAGCUUCUUGU